AUGUCCGUGCUACCCCCAGAGGUGCACACUGCGCUGGAGCAGUUGCUGGGAGGGCUGCAGUCUACAGACAACAGUGUGAGGAGUACGGCCGAGGAGCAGCUAAAUACAGAAUGGGUGCAGAAGCGACCGGAUAUGCUGUUGGUGGGGCUGGGCGAGCAGAUGCACGGGGCUGUCGACGAUGGGACUCGCUCGUUCGCCGCCGUGCUGUUCAGGCGGAUAGCGACAAGAACAGGCAAGGACCCGGCGACCGGUGAAAACAAGGAAACAUUCCUGCAUCUCAGUCACGCGCCUCGAACAGAGAUCAGGUCGAAACUCCUCAUAAGCCAUGCCAACGAGCAGAAGGCGCCGGUACGGAACAAGAUCGCGGACGCGGUGGCCGAGAUUGCGAGGCAGUACACGGACGAGACGGUCCUUAACCCAGACGGCACACGAGAUACCUGGCCCGACUUGCUCCAGGCGCUGUUCGCCGCAAGCCAGUCGCCAGACGCUGCGAUGCGAGAAUCGGCGUUCAGGAUAUUGGAGACAACACCUGGCAUCAUCGAGAGGCAGCACGAGACUGUCGCGUACGGUGUGUUCGAGAAGGGCAUCAAGGACGACAGCCCGGACGUGCGGAUGGCAACAAUGGCUGCGUUCGCGUCCUUCUUUGGCUCCUUGACCAAGAAGUCGCAACCAAAGUAUUACGCCCUGAUUCCAGACAUCCUUAACACUCUAGUCCCUCUGAAGGAAUCACAGAACUCAGAGCUACUAUCAAAGGCGCUACUAGCUAUCAUCGAGCUGGCAGAAGUGGCAUCGAAGAUGUUCAAGGGUGUCUUCUCCCAGCUUGUCACACUAUGCAUCAGCAUGAUUCAGGACAAGGAGCUGGAGGACCAAGCACGGCAGAACGCGCUGGAACUGAUGGCGACUUUUGCGGACUACAACCCGACCAUGUGCAAGAAGGACCCUGGCUAUACUAAUGAUAUGGUCACGCAGUGUCUUUCGCUCAUGACAGAUGUGGGAGCAGACGAUGACGAUGCCGAGGAGUGGAAUGCUCAAGAAGAUAUGGACUUCGACGAGAGUGAUUCGAAUCAUGUUGCCGGCGAGCAGACGAUGGAUAGGCUGGCGAAUAAGCUGGGCGGAUCUAUCAUCCUUCCGCCUACCUUUACGUGGCUCCCGAGGAUGAUUGCAUCCGGGUCGUGGCGCGAUAGACAUGCAGCAUUGAUGGCCAUCUCCGCGAUUUCAGAAGGCUGCCAGGAACUGAUGGAGGGUGAGCUCGACAAGGUCCUAGAUUUGGUGGUGCCAGCUCUCCGCGAAGCUCAUCCUCGUGUGCGAUGGGCUGGAUGCAAUGCGCUUGGACAAAUGAGCACGGACUUCAAGGGCACGAUGCAGACGAAAUACCAUCAGAUCGUCCUACCUGCGCUCAUACCGGUUCUUGCCGCACCAGAGCCACGAGUGCAGUCUCACGCUGCAGCAGCACUGGUCAACUUCUGCGAAGAAGCCGAGAAGGAGAUUCUUGAACCGUACCUUGACACUCUGCUCGAGCAUCUGAUGCAGCUUCUGCAGAACCCGAAGCGAUUUGUGCAGGAGCAGGCUCUCAGCACGAUUGCAACAGUCGCAGAUUCAGCAGAGAGCACUUUCGGGAAGUGGUACGGCCAGCUUAUGCCGCUCUUAUUCAACGUGCUCCAGCAGCCAAACGAGCGAGACCUGAGAUUGCUGCGAGCUAAGGCCAUGGAGUGCGCGACGCUCAUCGCACUUGCGGUGGGCAAGGAGAAGAUGGGCCAAGACGCACUCACGCUUGUGCAGACUCUGGGUAGUGUCCAAUCUACCAUUGUUGAUGACGAUGAUCCGCAAGAGAGCUACUUGCUGCACUGCUGGGGCAGGAUGUGCAGGGUACUCGGCCAAGACUUCGUUCCUUACUUACCUGCCGUCAUGCCGCCUUUGAUGAAGCUGGCGCAGGCCAAGGCCGACAUCCAACUACUCGACAACGAAGAGAACGUCGCGCAGAUCGAGGCAGAAGAAGGCUGGGAGCUCGUACCGCUCAAGGGCAAGUACAUCGGCAUCAAGACCAGCACUCUCGAUGACAAAUUCAUGGCUGUGGAGCUCAUCACUGUCUACGCUCAAAACCUCGAGGCUGGCUUUGCCGACUACGUGGAGGAGAUCAUGGACAAGGUUGCACUUCCUGGUCUGGCCUUCUUCUUCCACGAUCCGGUGCGGGUCGCCUCUGCAAAGGCCGUUCCACAGCUCCUCAACUCUUCGAAAAUGCGACAUGGCCUGAACUCGCCGCAGUACAUGCAGCUCUGGCAGAGCACUAUCGGCAAAGUGCUGGAAGUGCUAGAAACCGAGCCAGCGAUCGAGACACUCGCGGAGAUGUACCAAUGCUUCUACGAGUCUGUUGAAGUUUCCGGCAAGGACAGCCUAUCGAACGAGCAUAUGACGACCUUCAUCACCUCCGCGGAAAGCGUGCUCAAAGACUACCAGACCCGCGUGAAAGAACGCCUGGACAACGCCCAGGAGCGCGAAGACGGCGAGGAAGCAGGCGAAGAGGAAGAGUUCGCCAUCGAAGACGACCAGACCCUGCUCUCCGACAUGAACAAAGCCUUCCACACCAUCUUCAAGCAGCAAGGCCAGUCCUUCCUGCCCCACUGGGAGCGCCUCCUCAGCUACUACGACCUCUUCAUCACCAACCCGGACCCCACGCAGCGCCAAUGGGCCCUCUGCAUCUUCGACGACGUCCUCGAGUUCUGCGGCCCAACGUCCUGGAACUACCAAGGCCACAUCGUCCAGCCCCUCAUCGACGGCAUGCGCGACGACGCCCCUGCGAACCGCCAAGCGGCUUGCUAUGGUGUGGGCGUCGCUGCGCAGAAGGGUGGUGAAGCGUGGGGGGAGUUUGCGAAUCACAGCUUACCGAUUCUGUUCCAAGUCACGCAGCGCCCGAACGCGCGGAGCGAGGACGAUGCGUUUGCGACGGAGAACGCGUGCGCGAGUAUUGCGAAGAUUCUGCAUUUCAAUGGCGGGAAGGUGCAGAAUGUGCAGGACGUGAUUGCGGCAUGGAUCGAUACGCUGCCGGUCGUCAACGACGAAGAAGCGGCGCCGUAUGCGUAUGCGUUCAUGGGGCAGUUGAUUCAGGACCCCUCUCUUACCCGCGAGCGAAUGCUGACGUAUGAUGACAGCCAAAACUCCGCCGUCAUGAACAAAGCCGCCGCGUGCUUCACGUACGUCGCGCAAGCGCUGGAAGCCGAGACGCUGCAGGGCAAUAUGGCGCAGCAGACUGUUGGCGCGGCGAGGAGACUGGUCGAGAUGGCGGGGCUGGAUGCUAAUGCGUUGUUGGCGGGCUUGACGCCGGAUGCGCAGAGGACUGUAAGGGCGUUCUUCGGGUAG